CUUUAGUGAGGGAAGGAUAAAGACCUCACCGGCCGGCUAGUACAACCACAGAACCACAAGCAAGCACCACCACAAAAAUUGUAGAGGGUCACUCAGAAACCCUUCUUUUAUCUCCUCCUCCUCCUCCUCCUCUUCCAUUAGGGUGGAUUUGGUUCAUAAAAUUCGAAGCUGUGAAGAUAAAAUGAUUUGAGGCACCAUAAGAAGAAAGAUAUGCGUGAACAACUAAAUUAAGACAAGUUCAGAGCGAGAGAGGGGCGGGAAUGGUGGGAGCAUCAUCGAAACUGAAGAGAGCAGCAAGAAAGAUCCUCGCACAAACAUGCGGGUCCUUCUCAUGGAGACAAUCCAAUGACCUCCACACCCCAACUGUAUCAUUUGGUUCACCCAAUUAUGCUUCUCCUCCUCCAAAGCCAAGGAAGAGUAGUUGUCAUUUUGAAGUUUCAGACAUUGCAGCCGAAGCAGAUGCCAACACCACUAAUAAUAAUAAGGACUUAUGUGCUGUUUGUCUUGAUCCUCUGAGUUACAGCACAGGCAGCAACCCAGGCCAGGCUAUAUUCACGGCACAGUGUUCUCAUUCAUUUCACUUUGGUUGUAUCUCCUCCAACGUUCGCUAUGGUAGUGUCACCUGCCCUAUAUGCCGUGCACAUUGGACUCAGCUACCUCGCGACCUGAUUACAUGUUCCCUCCACUUCAACCAAAAUGAUCCGGUUCUCCAGAUCGUUGAUGACUCGAUUGCCAAUUUCCGGGUCCACAGACGGUCCUUCCUGCGCUCUGCACGCUAUGAUGAUGAUGACCCCAUUGACCCUGACCACGCACAAAAUUAUCCCCGCCUUCAUCUCUCUCUUUUACCUGUACCAAUCACUCACCCCAACUAUAACCUGUGCUUGCAUGAAAUAACUGAGCCCAAUUCAUGCCAUCCAUCACAGCAGCGCAUAACUGGCCCCUCUUUAUCUGCCACACUGGGGCAGAACACUUUUCUAUGUGCUUCCACUGUUAGUGCAUAUCUGCAUAUCAAAUUAGCACAUCUACCAGCAACUGACUUGGUCUUAGUUGCAAGCCCCAAUGGGCCUCACCUACGGCUUAUGAAGCAAUCCAUGGCAUUGGUGGUUUUUUCACUUCGACCCAUUGAUCGUUUGGCCAUUGUCACCUACUCCUCUGCUGCUGCGCGUGCCUUCCCCCUCAGACGCAUGACGUCCAAUGGCAAGCGAACAGCACUACAAGUCAUUGAUCGCAUUUUCUAUAUGGGGCAAGCAGAUCCAAUAGAAGGGCUCAAGAAAGGGGUAAAGAUACUUGGAGAUCGUGUGCAUAAAAAUCCAGAGUCUUGCAUUUUGGAUCUGUCUGAUAGUCCAACAAGAUCCUAUCACAGGUUUGAUAUUGAAGUACCCAUUAUGAUCCAUCGGUUUCAUGUAGGAUAUGGGUUUCGCACUUCGAAUGGAUUUGUCAUGCAAGAAUUUGAGGAGUUCCUUGCGAGAGUAUUAGGAGGUGCAAUCAGAGAAAUUGAGUUGAGGAUUGCGGAUGAUGCUAGGAUUGUAAGGCUUGGAGAACUAAGAGGUGGUGAAGAGAGAAUGAUUCCGUUAAAUUUGAGCGAGUCUGGACAUGUCUGUGUGGAAUAUAGAUACGUAGAGGGCGGCGUUGAUGAAUGCAUUAGGAGGGGGGAAAUUAUGGUAGGCAUGGGGGACAAGAGAGAGAGACGUGAUGGCAUAGACGAUGUUGUGAGCCUAGGUGGAAGAAGUAGCAGUGUUGAAAGUUGGGAUUAUCAUGAUCCUUUCAUGGCUAGAAGAUGGGCUAAGCAUUUGCAUGGGUACAGGCUAUAAAGUAGUAGGCAAAAUCCAACCAAUUCCUGGGUUUUCACUUUCUGAGGACUGUCGAUCAUUUGAACUAGUUGACCCGACCUGAAAUGAUAUGAACAUGUACUUUAGCAGCACUUGUAGCAUGGCUAGUUUAAGAAGUUAAAUUAUGAAUACGUAACUCAUGCUGUGAUUCUGAAGGAUGGUCAUUGGAUAAAAUAUUGUUCGAGUUGCUGCAGGCUCUUAGAAAUGAAGUAUUAUAAUAGAAUUCUUUGACACCAGGAUAGGAUCAUUGUUGCACUUGCAUGUGCAUUCCUGGUGUGAUUUUUUUUUUAUCGAAAGAAGCAUAGCAUUCCCGGUCGGUGUGAAUUAAGUUGUUCCCUUUCUUUUUGUGUUCUCAUCUGUUUGUGGAUUUGGGGGUUACUGACUUGCAGGGAAAGGUUAAAAAGGAUUUCAGCUAGUUGCACAUUUUCAAAUUCUGUAGUAGUAGGGGGAAAAAAAAAAAUAAACUUGCCCCAUGUGCGUUCAAGGGGUAAAUAAGUCAUUGAACUUUUAUAUGCAGUCAGCACUCAC